GUUUAACCGUUGAGGCGAGUGGAAGCAAAUAAAAGGGUUAAGGACAAUUUACGGACUUUCAAUUAUUCCGGGAAAUAGGAGGAUACUUUCAGACGAGACGCUACAAAUUGGCGCAGUCGGUAGGAUCAUUUUUUGUGAUGGAUAACGACAAAAGCUUUUCUUUGGAGCAAUUUAACGAUGCAGUUGAUGCAUCGGAUCUCCGCCGGGAGUGGGAAGAGUGGCUUAGGUCAUUCGAGCUACUGAUGGAGUUGAAGCAAGUUGGUUCACAGCGUGAGAAAUUGGUUCUCAUGCUCGCACGCGGUGGUCGUGGCCUUCAAAGGAUUUAUUACAAUCUGAGGCCUGUUCCAGAAGAAAUUCAACCAGGACCGACAAAAGUACCACUGGCACCCCAAGAGAUUCCAGAGUAUAAUAACGCUGUCAAACGUCUGAAUAAUUUUUUUGUUGGUAAGCGCAACGAGCGUGUUGAGCUCGAAGUUUUUCGCUCACUAAAGCAGUCAUCCGAUGAAUCGUUCAGCCACUUUAUCCUCAAACUACGAACGCAAGCCGCCCGUUGUGAUUUCCGGGAACGCGAGGAAAAAGAAAUUUUACAUCAGGUAACAAUGGGCGCUCGAGAUGAGAGGGUAAAGGACAAGGGCCUCGAAAACGUGAUGGAACUUGAUGAGCUGAUGAACUACGCCAUCAAUCGCGAACUUCUGAUGAAACAGAAGGAGAAAUCACAGUCGUUUAGAGCAGUGAUUGAGACACCUGGGGUUUCCGCGGUGAGCCGGGAAACGGAGAGGAAGCCACAAUAUAGAGAGAAAAACACCGGUAUGCGCUAUUUCAACCGUGAAAAGCCAUGGAGUGGAAAAAUGUCCGUCAGGCAGGAAUGUGAUUGCUGUGGUUCCUGGCAACACCACAAAGAUUCACGGAACUGCAUUGCUCGGAACUCACGAUGUAACAAUUGCGGUCGUACAGGCCAUUUCGCUAGGAAAUGCAGAGCCAUGCGAAAGACACAGCUUAAAGCACGCACCACUUGGAAGUCCACCAAUAACGAGGCCGCCUACGCCAUACGGGAGGAAAAUCACAGCGACGAGGAGCCACUACGCCGUCGUCCGAAACCGGAAGAGUCGAUGGAGGUAGAAUAAUGUUUAUACUUUAUCUCAU